AUGUUUGAUACGUAUGAUCUCGGAUCCCCUGCCUCCCGAUUUACGGAUCUAUACUCACAUAGUACUACUAAUAACCAGGAUAAGAUGAAAAAGACGACCAUUAAGCCAAAGCAGCCAGCAGCAGUAGUUGCUAGAGGCCGGGGUCAGACCCGGACGAAAGACCCUCAACCAGUUCAAAGUGAACAGCCUGCAGCAGCAGAUAACAUAGGGUCCCCAGAGGAACAACAACAGCCGCCUGAAGAGACAACAGAACAGCCUGCUACCGUAAUUUCGCAAUCAGAUAUUCAGCAACAAGUUCAACAAGAAGACCAACAACAUCAACAGCCACCCGAAGAGGAAACUGAAACACCAAGUAGACCACUUUUUAGAAUAAGUCGUCAGGCAGCUACGCCAACACAUCAGUUGAUGGCCUCAUUCAUGACGUCCAUGGAGGCGCAUGCGAGACAGGCAGCAAGAGAGCGGCACCGUUUACUCAAAGGUAUGGAGAGCCUAGCUAGACAAAAUCAGAAGUUGACGGAAGAGGUUUUGGCCCUCCGUGGGUUGGUGGACGGUCUUGUGGUCACCACAGGUCAGUGUACGAGAAGUAGGGUACCACCAAGUGAAACAAUGUCUGUUGGUCCAGCCAGUCUUGGUGAAAUGACAGAAGGGCUCCCAGAGGAACUUAUUAUCAAUGAGGAGGAACUUAGACAGGUACACAGGGACUCAAACAACGCUGGCCAUUUUGCAGCGUUGUUGGUGAAGAAGCUCUUCCCUGAACUCUAUGGCCCGACGAACCUAAGGCUGAACUAUAAUUGGUAUGGUGGGGGCCAAAAGAAAAAGUAUGAACUUGAUGCUUCAAGAAAGGAGGUUAUUAAACGGUAUGUCACCUUUUUUCACCCCGAGGUCUGUGACAGUGACGUAUGGAGGGAUAGGGUAGUCCCCAAAGUAAAUGAAUCACUCAGAAGAUUGGAAAAGAGAAAACCGCUUCAAGAAAAUUUGGGAGACGUAAAUAUUAGUGUUUCACCAUCAGCAUUUGGGGGACUCAUGCAGUACAUGAAUCUGUAG